AUGAAACCAAUUAAAUUACCAAAAACGAAAACGCCAAAGAAACAAACGCCAGAAAAAAACAUGAGGAUAAGGAUAUUAAGUAUAGACCCGUCAGGAACCGGAACCAGUGGAAUUUUUUUAGUAGAUAUUCACCAUGAAGAUAAUAGCACCAUUUCUUAUGAAUUUCAAGAGUUCAAAAACACCACUUAUAUUUACGGUCGCCAGCAAAAAGGAACAGUGGGGUUAUGUAAAUUAUUAGGUGGAAUUACUAGUUUAGAAUAUAUUUUUACUUCUCUUCGGCAAAUCGGCAGUGUUCCCGUAAAUGUAGUAAAGAGUUUUCGUGAUAAAGUUCAAACAGGAACAGAAGAAAUAACAGGUUUAAGUUUUGAAGUUGGCCGCGAACAUUUAAAAAGUUCGGAAGAAAUUGAAAGAAAAAUAGCCCAAUUAAAAGCCAAAAAGCGAUUAGGAGUUAGACAGCAAGAACAUUUAACCAAAUUAGAAGCCAGUUUAGGCGAAAAAUCACAUCGCGAAUAA